GUCGCUUUCAGCUGCCCAGCUUAUCUUCAGAUGGUUCCGCUAAAGAAGACGUGCUGGGGCAUUCUUUGAGCUCGACAAUCAUUGCCUAGAUUCGUAGCCCAACAAGAUCGUUUGUACCACUUCAAGAAUCAAAAGGAUUGCGCUGCUUCACGUCACCGGUGCUCACCCUUAUAUUCACGCCACCAGACAUUUCUUGUGCCCUGUGAUACCGUCCCUCCAGGCACCAAAAGUGCCUUCGCUUUUCAGAUGUUGGAAGGGGACAGUCCUGAGGCUGCCGCCAAAAGCCAAGAUGCAGUGGACCCGAUAGUGUGGCCAUCAGAUGGACAGGUGUCAGUGGCAUGGAUCGAGAAGCUGCGAGAAGCAUUGGUGCAUGCCACCUGGAAGCGGAAACCCGAUGAGCUUCCUCAGAUCUUCCCCCCGCAGGUCUUUGAGGCACUCAUAGACAGAGCGACCAAGCUGAUGCAAUCGGAGCAGAAUGUGGUGGAUGUAAGCCCGAAGAAUGGAGAGACGGUCACAGUGGUGGGCGAUGUGCACGGCCAGUUCCACGACGUCCUCCGCCUUCUUGAGCGGGCAGGCCAGCCCAGCGAAAAGUCGUUGUUUGUCUUCAACGGAGAUUAUGUCGACCGAGGCGCGUGGAGCGUCGAGACCUACGCCCUGCUUCUGGCGUGGAAAGUGUGCCUUCCGAAGCACGUGAUUCUGAUACGGGGCAACCACGAGACGAAGUAUUGUGCACACGUGUACGGCUUCAAGCAGGAGUUGGAAGCCAAGUAUGGAGCCCACAGCAGUCGGGGGCUGUUCAAAAAGCUGUUGGUUUGCUUUACAGCCCACCCCCUUGCUGCGGUCGUCGGCUUUUCGACUUUCAUCGCACACGGGGGGCUGUUCCGCGAACUCCCGUCCUGGUACGGCGGCCGGAAGGGGAAGAAGGGCGGAAAGAACCGGAAGGGGGGGAGAGACAAUCAUAAGCGCGCCAAGCACGGGUCGGAUGCACCGGAAGGGUUGAAAGUGGGGUCCAUUGCGGAGCUUCGGAAAGUCAAGCGGGCGGUCUUGGAUCCGCUAGACGGCCGAAACCCGCUUCCUUCAGACGUCCUGUGGUCCGACCCCGGCCUAGACCCGGGCAUCGUUACCAACGAUUCGAGGGGGAUUGGGCUCGUCUUUGGCCCCGACUGCACGCAGACGUUUCUGGAGUCGCACCGCCUGAAGCUGGUGAUCCGAAGCCACGAGGGCCCCGACGCGCGCGAGAAGCGCGAGGGCAUGCACGCCAUGCUCAGCGGCUUCUGCGAAGACCACGUGGUGCCUGCGGGGAAGCUGGUAACUCUUUUCAGCGCGCCCGACUAUCCCCAGUUUCAAAACGUGGACGACGUGGAGCGAUAUAAGAACACGGCGGCGUAUGUCGUGCUCAGCGGGCCCGGUUAUGAUACACCGGAGGUGCACCACUUUGACGCGGCGUUGCCACGACCGGAGGUCAAAGCGUACUACGACUUCGAAACCGCCUUGGAUUCGGACGAAGACUUGGACCUGGGGUCGGAAGCGGAUGGAAGCGAAGCCAGCCUCUUCUCGGACGGGAGCGAUGUAGAUAGUUGACCUCGAGAACAUAUACCACGCAAUCUUUGCUGUUGUAGGUUUAUCAGAGGUAAGGCCCCUUAGGUAUACCAAGGAUACAGAAUCGAAUAAGGAUAGAGAGAGCAUAGAAGAGUUUCCAGGUAAUUGUCGAGCAUUGAAAGGUGUGUCAUCGUUAACCAGAGUUUCUUGGGAUCGGUACAAGCAGCUUCUUUAGGUAUGAUACGUUGCGCGGGUUGAAGCGGGGUUGCGAAACGUUGGGGCAAUUAAUGUACGAGGUCUGGAUUUCGUGAAGUCUGACAGCCACUUACAUCAUUGCGGGCGAACACUUUCUAUAACCCCAAUUCUGCGUUCUAGCUGCGCCAUCACAUAUGGCUGGCUUAG